AUUGUUGCCAUGACGCGUUUUAUACAAAGAUGGCGGAAACGGAACCUUUGACAGAAGAUGAAAAUAUAGAUGACGGGCUUAAAGAAGACGACGAAGAAGAAAAUGUACCAGAAUCAGACGAACUGUCUGAGGAUGCUCAGGCUUUUAAGGAAGAGUUGGCAAAAAUCGUUGUGCAUCCGCCAACCGUGGAUCUAACUCCAAAAGAAACAUUUGACCCUGCAGAAUUCCCAUCAUCUUAUAAAGAAAAUCUUCCAAACGAAAACUUGGUUCUCCAGUUUGCAGAAAACUUCAGAAGGCAAUACGUUCAUCUUUACCGCGAUCGGAAGCCACUCUUGUUAAACCCUGUUAAUGAAUGCUUCACAGAGAAAUUUGUCUGCACCACUAUCCGACCUACUCAGCUCGAGUACAAAGAGUUGUAUAACUGGGAUGGGGCCGCUGAGUUUGUGGCAGACUUUCUUAACUUUGAGACACUUGAGCCCCCUUUUGAACUGCCUAAGCGACUGCUGUCCCCAACGACUGUACUGAAGCGUCAGAAGGGCAACUGUUUUGAGUACAGCACACUGCUGUGUUCACUGCUCAUAGGGGCCGGGUAUGAUGCAUACGUAGUAAGUGGAUAUGCCACCAGGGAGGUCUGUCUGGCUGAUGAGUCACGGGAGAUAUGCCCGCUCAUGAAGAAAAAGGAAGAGGUGAAGGAAGAAGAAAGGAAGAAGGAGCUGAAGAAGUACACGGUGAAGCCGCCCAAGGACCUGGCAUCCAAGUUUGAGAGGAAGCAGGCUGCCAAGGCCAAGGCAGAGAAGGAAGCAGAGGAGGCCAAGAGACGCACUCAGGAGGAAGAACGCCAGGCGGAGCUGGAGAAGCCGCCCCCAGACCCGCUGUACGGCCUGCGCGUGCACUCCUGGGUGCUGAUCCUGCACGGGAAGAGGGAGGUACCGGACAGCUUCUUUGUGGAACCCUUCACAGGCCUCUCACACCCUGUGGACAGCCCAAGCUACCUGGGCAUUGAGAGCGUCUGGAACCACGUCAACUACUGGGUCAACAUGCAGGACUGCGCUGAGGGGGUCAAGAACCUAAGCUAUGACCUGGGAGACUGCACGAGGUGGGAGUACAUGUUCCCCAACACAGACAAACCCCUGCUGCAGAUCCCUGAAGCAGAGGAUGACAUCCUGGAUGGCCUUGACGAUGAGGAGGAAAAUCAGGAUGAGCAUGAAAAGCAGCUUGAUUUGCCGCCCACGUGGGUGGAAGCUAUCAAGAUAUCUAAGAAAGAUUUUGAGAUGCGGUGUCCCCAGGGCAAGAAGAACAAGCUGUACAAGAGGGCCAAACUGGAGAAGUUUGCCCAUUACCUGAUCAAGGACGGCCUUGUGUCCAGACUGUCCAUCUACUCCGACAGGGAAUUGCAAGAUCUUGUCAUGACCCGAGAAUAUUUCGACCACCGUGAGGACAAGUUGUACAACAGAGUGCAUAAUCAUCAGACCUCCUGGAUCACUGAGUUCUUCAGACCUGGCAGACUCAAGUGCCUCAAAGAGCACAUGUUCAAAGCCAACAGCCCCGGUCCAGAGAGCGACAGAACUAUGCUCUUCUACUCUGAGGCUCGUGUCGAUGGGCUGAUGAAACGUACUGAGACCGCUGUAGAAAUGACUGAACACUUCCAAAACAGGGAGGAUUUCCUCUACUACAAGCAUGUUGAUUUUGGAAAGAAGCCAAAGAAGUUUGGGCCCCAGGACAAAUCUGUUACACAGGACCCCAGACCUAUCUUGAAAAUGCACAUGAAGUACCAUCGUAACAAAAACGUGGAUGCUAACUGUGACAUAGCUGAGCUCAUGUACCUGUGCUCGGAGGACAAGGUGCAGAUCACGUACCACACGGAGGACAAACGUAUUGCCUCCUCCACCCGCGAGUUCAUCAAGCCUCACAACUGGGACGAGAAGGGAGCAACCUUGACAUUCUCUGCAGAGAUGCAUUCCACGUUUCAGGUUGACCCCAAUCUGCCGUUCAACAAGCAAGUUGAGCUGUAUGAGAUGCUACUCUCCCUGCUGGAGCGAGAGGUCAAGAGCAUCGAGGGUGUGCGUGCCUCCGAGGAGGAAGUGCGCGAGAUCCUUGACGACCGUGUCCGGGAGGAGACCACCCAGGAGCUCAACAUCUCUGUCUACAACACUGAGCGCAAUGAGAAGGCCAAGAAACACAGGCAGGAACUGGAGCGACAGCAGAUGGAGGAGAGGAUGCGCAAGCAGGAGUUGGAGAUUGACUACCUUGCGCCGUUCCUUGCACAGAUUGGUGACCCAGAGAAGAUCACGCGCCAACAGGCCUACAAGCUGAAGGAGGACUGCCUCAUGGACCUGAAACAGAGGCUCAUUGACAAGGCCAACCUCAUACAGGCUCGCUUUGAGAAGGAGACCCAGAAGCUGCAGAAGGAGCAGGCCUGGUACCAGCAGCACCAGGUGAACAUGACGAAGGAUGAUGAGGAGACCUACCUGGAAUACUGCAGCCAGGCCAUGUUCCGUAUCCACAUCCUAGAGCUUAGACUCAACAGACACAAGGACCAGGCCCCCCACAAAUACAUGUUUCUAGAACAGACUCUGAGGACAGAUGCCAGACUGGCGGAAUACUUCUGAAUAUAAAUACAUAUUAUAUUUAAGGAAUAAUCAAUUGAAGAAGAUUCUGAAAACAAUAUUAUCGUGUGUUUUUUCAGUAAAUUCUUCAGUUCUCUAUUUAUACACAAAUACAUUUCAAAACAGUUUUGUGAUCAACUUCCAUGGUUUAUUAUGGGUACUCAAAAUGUACUUUCAUUAAGAAACAAGAUAGAGUUUGACAUUGUGAUUGCUAAUUUGUGAUAUUUUUUCCGUCCGCUAUUAACAUUGUGAUUGCAUGCGUACAUAUGUAUUAAAAAGUUCAAUAGAUA